AUGACUGAUUUGUGCGAACAGCCGCUUGGGCUACUAUGCGAGGUGGUUCGACGCGAAUUGGUUCACCUACUCGAAUCACUGCCAGGAAUAAAGGACUUAGUCGUCGACGCCACUUUGCUGCGUCCGCUUGAUCGUAUCGCAUCGAUGAGUCUACUGCAGAAGCAUGGCUGUCAGCGAGUUAUUCCGCUUCGGCUCAACUCACCCUCCGCCAUCCCGUGGCAUCCCAAUGUGACGCGUCGUGUGUAUUUACUUCGUAGUUCUUUGGACAUUGCUCGAUUGCUGGCUGAGCAUGUACGCGCGUCCCCUGAUAAGCAAAUCGCCGCCAUCUGGGUGGAUCGACGUUUGGUCGUUUGUGAACGUGAACUUGAACGACAAGGUGUUUACGGUCAGAUCGAGUCAUUUGAGCUGAGUAUCUCUUUCAUCUCUCUGGAAAAUGAUCUUUUCUCUAUGGAAAUGCCUAUUACCACGGCCCACAAGGACUUGCUAGCAUCGGCUAAUGCGCUAUUUCAACUCCAAUCUCUCUACGGUCUCAUACCGACGGUCUACGCGUUCGGGAGAUGCAAGACAGAGAGCUGUGAAACUGAAUAA